AAACCAGUUGGAGAGUAAACAAAAAAAGGAAAAAAAUAAAAAUCGGAAAUUAUCUGUAGACCUGGCGAUAAAAAAUAAAAAUAGGAAUGGGUUUGGGGAAUUCCAUUCCAAAGCCUCCCUAUUCCUUUCCAAAUCGUUAGUUACUUAGAGUGUUUUCUGGAGCAGUUCUUGAUUUCAACUUGGAUACCUUCGAAGGAAAAAAGAGUGUAGGUAAAUAUGGCGAAGCAAGCUCAAACGUUCUUUCUUGAAGAAUGGCUGAAAACAAAUAGCGGUGCUAUACGCAGUACAAACGCUGCCCUUUCUACUACUCAAUCAGCCCGAGCCAUCAUCCAAGCAUGGGCCGAUCUUAGGGAAUCACUUCAUCUAAAAUCAUUUACUCAACACCAUCACCGAUCUUUGCAGACCCUCUUAAACUCCGGAAUCUCUCUUUAUGUUGCAGACCCACAAGUUAAGCUCAUAAUCUCUAUUCUAUCAGCACCUUUCCUAUCUCUACCUUCCGAAUCAUAUCCGCUUUUUAUUAGACUUCUGUAUGUAUGGGUUAGAAAGUCAUCAAAGCCGUCUCCUAUGUUAAUUAACUCUUCAAUAAACGUAUUGUUACAACUAUUUUCGUCUCAAUCUAUUGGCAAUAAAAGUGCUUUGUUCUUCACCGAAGGUAUUCUUCUCUUGGGUGCUUAUACUUUUGUGCCCUCUGUAACCGAAGAAACGAGAACACAAUGCCUGGAGUUGUUUUGUAAAUUAUUGGAUGAAGAAUACAAGUUGGUCUCUUUGUUUGAUGAUCUUGUUCCCAAUGUACUGGCUGGGAUUGGCUAUGCUCUGUCUUCUUGUGGGCACAUUCACUUUCUUCGAAUUCUUGAUUCAUUAUUUGGAAUUUGGAAUAAAGAAGGGGGGCCUUCUAUUAAUUUAGUGCAUGGUCUAAUGGUACUGCAUCUUGUUGAAUGGGUUCUCUAUAACUGUAUCCAAUCACAGUCAUCUGAGAAAAUUAAGACUUUCUCACGGGAGAUUCUAGAAGCUCCCAAUACAGAAUAUGCAGCGUUUUCUAUCGUCAUGGGUGCAGCAGGAGCUUUGAGAGCCUCUAAUAGGUCGAUAUCUGCCGGUCUCAUGCAAUUGAGAAGUGCUGCUGAGAAACGACUUGAAAUCAUUGCAAGCGACUUCAUUUCUAAAUUUGGAACCAACUGGAACAAGCAGCGUAAAGAUAGUGUUCUUUUGCAAUGUAUAUCAUUAGCUUUAGCUAGAAGUGGUGCUGUUUCCUCCAGAGAAUCUCUUCUUUUAUGCCUUGCUUCUGCAAUAUUGACUGAAGUUUUCCCUUUAAGUCGUUUUUAUGCAAACAUUCUUCGGGUUUCGGUAAAUUCUAGUAACAGGGGGUUUCAUGAAGUUAAAGAACAUCUGAACAGUGUAGUUUUUAAGGAGGCAGGAGUGAUAACCGGUGUUUUCUGCAAACAAUAUGCCGAAGCCAAUGAAGGAAGUAAGGGUAAAGUGGAGAAUCUCAUAUGGGAUUUUUGUCAAGAUGUUUACAUGUCACAUUGCCAGGUGGCUCUGAUGCUUCAAGGGAAAAAUGAAGAAUUGAUCCAAGAUUUAGAAAAGAUUACGGAAUCUGCGUUUCUUAUGGUUGUCUUCUUUGCUUUGGCUGUCACUAAACAGAAAUUAGUCCCUAAUAUCCCUAAGGAGAUUCAGCUGGAUAUUUCAGUUAAGAUAUUAGUUUCUUUUUCUUGUUUGGAGUAUUUUCGGAGAAUGCGAUUGUCGGAAUAUAUGGAUACUAUCAGGGCAGUUGCGGGAAGUGUGCAAGAAGAUGAGACAGCUUGUGUCUCUUUUAUCGAAUCCAUACCUUCGUAUGCUGACCUGACAAAAGUUCAUGUGUCAUCGAACAAAAUGGAGUUUACAUGGUCUAAAGAUGAAAUGCAGACAUCAAGGAUCUUGUUUUAUCUGCGUGUGAUCCCGACUUGUGCAGAACGAAUACCUGCUGCAGUAUUCAGAAAGACUGUUGCUCCCAUCCUAUUUUUAUACAUGGGACAUCCAAAUGGGAAAGUAACUCGAGCUUCACAUUCAACAUUUGUAGCUUUCAUCUCUUCCGGGAAUGAAGAUGAUAAUGAUAGAGUUACAUUGAAGGAACAGCUUGUUUAUUAUUACAUGCAGAGAUCAUUAGAGGGAUACCCUGCUGUGACCCCAUUUGAAGGUAUGGCUUCUGGAGUUGCUGCAUUGGUUCGAUAUCUUCCUGCAGGAAGUCCUUCUAUCUUCUAUUGUGUACAUUGUCUCGUAGAGAAAGCUACUAGCCUCUGCAGUGAAGUCCCCACUGAGCCUGGAUCAUGGAACGAGUAUGACGAGUUAGAGCCGUGUAAGAAACUUCUGGAUUUACUACUUCGACUUCUCUCCCUGGUCGAUAUACAGGUAUUGCCGAGUUUGAUGAAGCUGUUAGCACAACUGGUUGUGCACCUCCCCGAAGAUGGUCAAAACAUGGUUCUAAACGACUUAUAUGCUCAAGUCGCUGAUUCAGAUGAUGUUACACGGAAACCAGCACUCGUGUCUUGGGUGCAGUCUUUAUCUUAUCUAUCUUCUCAAGCUACAAUCAGUAGAGCACCCAAAGAAGACCGCCAACAUAGAAAAUCUGGUGCAAGAUCUUGGAAUAAGGGCAGGCUGGCUGGCUUGAACAGGAUCUUUGCACGAAUUUAGUACACCGAGGGUUCAUCUUUCAGAAAUUUUUUUCACCACCCUGUAACUGCAGGUAAAGUUAUUGUGAUAGGAAAAGUUUUGUACUUUUGUUUCUAUAGUUAUGUUGUUGUGGCUUUCUGAAUAUUUGAUAUCACGCUGUGUAUCAUGCUGGUGGAUGAUAGCUUUACAUAUAGUUGGAAAAAUUGCUAAAAAUAAUAUUAUGUCAUAGUUUACACUUUACACGUUCAAUUUUAUAGCAUAUGAAGUGUAAAGAAUCUUGUAUAGUUUGGAUAUAUGUAUUCCUUUUGUACAACUUUUGUGCAUUUAUAUUUA